AUGACCGCCAAUAUCUUCCGUUGUAAAGGACAGAACAAGCAAGCGUACCAACCUUAUGUUCUAUACAAUAAAGACUAUAAACCAAUAACACUUAAACACACGAACCCACAGCAUAGCAACAUAGCAAAUAACCAUGCAUAUAAAGGUGUUUCCGUGCAUAACAUUAACGGGAAAAUUGAAAGCAUGCCGGCGAGCGCGAAUAGCUUGUUCAAGAUGGCGCUGUGUGCACGGCGUGCCGGCGCGGUAGCGUCAUCGGCGCGCGCUUGUUUCAAAUUCGCUGAGACUUGCGAGUUUUGCAACUCAGACGCCGCGCCCGAGGAAGUUUCCUCUACUGAGGCGGCAAAAGAAUCGCCAGUGAAGAAAUCUCCCGCCAAAAAGGUCGCGGAGCCCGAAAGCAAUGGUAAGGAAGAAAAUGGCAGCGGAGACGCGCCAGAAGAAACACCAGCUGAAAACGGAGACGAAGACAGCAAUGACGCCGUUGAAAACGGUGAUGCAGUCGAAGAAAAGAAGGAAGCUGGUGUCAAAAGGAAAUCUGUAGCAACAGACAACGGUGACUCUGAAAAGACUACACCAGAGAAGAAGUCGAAAGUGGUAGAAGAGGCUCCACCCGCAGAGGAAGAGGCGGCCUAA